GCUGUUGGGAACUUGUCACUCAAGUCCCCUGGGGCUUCUGGUUGGAUUUCUCAGGACACAAUCCCCACUGAGCCUGGGGGAUAGUAACCCAAGGACAGGCUGCCCAUGGCCAUCAGGCUCAGGACUUUCAGGAGGUGACAGAGUCCUGGGCCAGCUCCUGCCUCACAGUUUCUGUCCCCAAAGUCAGAGCUUGGAGGUCACCUCUGCCUUUCAGCACGUGGAGUGUCAUUCUUCCUCUACCAAAGUUGGUGCGUACCAACACAGCCGCAGAGUACACAGGCCGGCCGCUGACCUCCCGAUGGUCCCCAGGAGUCUGGCAAUAUCAACUACAGUAUAAGGACACAGCUGGAGGAGAGCUCAGGUGGGAGAGGCCACAGCAGAGGGAUGAACAGGCUUGGGGACAGUCACUUGAGAAUGACUUUUGUGGCUUCCAUGAAAAGAUUGUAACGGUCCCAAUUUGCAAAGAAGAGGUUCAACUUUUCUGGAGCCUUUUCCAGGUCUGUGGAGACCUCACUUUAGCUUGCCUACGGAAUGGUGCCAUCCAACAUUUGGGCCAGGUCUUCUCUCAACUGAUCCCUUCUGGAAGCGUCCUUACAGAUAUACCCAGACGUGUGCAUGGCUCCUCUUCUAGGUGCUGUCCUCUAAAGAAUCACUGGACCCAUUUUGGCUAUGCUUGGUGAUGGGUCCCCGAAAAGAUCCACCUCAUCAGCCCAUGGGAAAGCCAAACAUUCAUUGCCCAGGCAGGAGCAAGAGCUGGAACUUAAUAACUUGGAUUUGGGACUCUUGGGAGAGUACGUGAAUGCCCACCCACCCUGGGAGGACACGGCGGUCAGUAGGAUCAAGAACAUGAAGGCCACGGAGCAGGGCCUGGCGCUGGACACCAUCUGCCAUGUCCUAGAGGAGCACAGCCAGCGCUGGGAAAAGCAGAAGCUGUCAUACAGGGAUUCCUCUGUGCAGAAGCUCCUAGAGUUCCUCAGCCUGGACCCCAAGCAGGCUACUGAUAAGGCCUUCCUCUUCCACCUGUACGGGCUGUUCCUGCGCGAGUGUCCCAGUGUGGAGCAGGUUCAGUGCCACCUGGCCAGCCUCCUGGAGCUGUCCCACCAGCACUCCAGCCAGCGAGAGGGCAUUGCGCUGGCUGUGGGCCUGGCCUCCACCAAACACUUGGAGGAGGUAUGGGCUCUGCUGGAGUACCUGGGCCGCACCAAGUUCCUGCGUUCAGCCAGCGUAACCCCAGACAGCCAGCUGUCAGACAACCUUCGAUGGAAAUGGGUCAGCAGCACCUCUCUACUGUGCUAUGGACAAAUAGCCAGGCAUACCAAGGAGCAGAUCCUGCCCUGGGUGGACAACAUCGCCUCAAGGAUGGUGUACUACUUCUCCUGUGGCCCCUGUGAUGAGACCCUGAAGUCGAGCUUCCUGUCUGCCACCAUCCUGCUCACUAGAUCCCUGCGGGAGGAGUAUGGCUCCCAGAGGUACAAGUUCACUCAGGUACCAGAGCUCAUCCAGUGCCUCCUGGGCAUCCUCCAGAAGGAGCCCAACUUCCUGACCACAUUCUUCCGGCAGAAGGUCAUCCUGGUCAUUGUGGGCCUCAGUAACCUGCCGCCCAGACUCAAACCCCUGCUCAAGUCCCAGGUCCUGCAGACUUGCCUGAACAGUGUGUACAUGCUUCCCUCUACUGAGGCCUUGAGGGGUGACUCAUCUUCACUGGGACAAGCCCCGGAUGUCAUGGUGCUAUACAAGAAGACAAUUCGUGCCCUGGACCUGCUCCUCCAGAACUUCAUCUCUGAGAACCCAAGCAUGGACGAAGUCUGCUUUCUCCUGCAGCACACAGAGAGCUGGUUGCGAUCUGACAAGAGCCAUGAGCGCCGCCGGGCAGUGCAGUCCAUCUUCCUGCUGCUGCAGUAUGUGGUGGAAUCUUUGAAGCUUGCUAAAGAGGCGGUGCCGUCGAUGCUGGGCCACCAGGUAGGCCUUCUGACUCUGCUAUGGCGGGAUGAAGACAUGUGGACCCAAGAGCGUUCUCACCACUGUGUCUUCCUCCUCAUGCAGCUUGUGUCCCAGCAGAAAGGGAAGUUGGCGGAGUCUACACAGUGGAGCAAGAUGAAACACCUUGAAGCCAGCAAGUCUAGAGAAUGGGAGGGGAUGCUCUACCACAUGGUGAAGGUCUUCAGGGUUAACCUGACGGUGGCGCAGCACACGCAGCUGGCCCUCACGCUGGUGCACAGCCUGGGCAGCUGUAACUACCUUCGCUGCGACCUUGCUGCCCGGCUUCUGCUGAUGAUAUGUGAGGAGCCUGGCUUCAGGAAGGAACAGGUGGCUGAGAUCUUGCAAGGCCUUUUCCAGGAACUGCCAAACAUCCACGCUACGAGUAUCCAGCAGACCAUAAGUAAGGCCACCUUGGCUCUGGGGAUCCACCACACUCAGGAGGUGGUGGAGGUGGUCUUGUCCCUCUGCCAUCCCUCCAAUAGGUGGAUCCUACUGCUGUGGAAGGCUCUGGCCACCAACUACCAUCUAUCUCGUGAUGUCAUAAUUCUGCUCUAUGUAAAGUUGAAAUUGCGGCCACGUAGGAGGCUCAUCCAGUCCACGUAUCAGACCCGUCUUGUCUCCCUGAUGGCACUGGGCACCAUUUAUGAGCUCCUCUACAUCCCGGAGUACAGGGACACCAUCCGCUGGGCUUUCGCAGGCAUCCUUCUGGGCCUCCUCACAGAGCUCUACUACCUGCUGGAGGUGGGCCUGGUGCAGGGCAUCUCUGACUACCAGGAGGACAAUCUAGCUUCGAAGCCCCUCGGGCCCUGCAGGACCUGCCUGGAAGCACUCAAGGGUCUCUUUUGGACCAACCAGUACUGGGAAGUGUUUGCCGACAUCAAGCUGAUUCAGGGCUGGAAGCUCUUAGAGAACUUGGAAACCUUCCCAAAGGGAGUGACCCUUUUGGCCAGGGCCAUGGUUUACUAUGACUGCGAGGUCAAGGCUGUCUUGGGGCAGGCGCACAUCUACCUGAAGAGCACUGAAGAGCGAGACAACAUCGUGGGCAUCUGCAUCAUCACUGAGUUUCUCAACAGCCCAGAUGUCUCCCAGUACGUCUCUCCGAAGGCCAUGGAGAAAUCCCUGAACCUGGGCCUUUCCAACCGCAACCAAACAGUGCGGGCUAUGAGCCUGAAGGGGCUAGGCAGCACCCUGAUUCACCCUAAGAAGGUAACUGUGCUGAAAAGCAAGUUGGUGGAGCUAUUAGAUAACUUCCUACAGCCUGAGAUCGAGGACCCUGUGGGCCUGAUGGAGAUCAUAGGCCACCUCCUGCAGCAUCUGGAUGUCCAUGGCACUGGUACUGUCAGCUUCAAGAUUGCUGAGCACCUUCUCAGCCUGUUCACAGACGAAAGAGCAAAGGUGCGAGAACAUGCCAUCUUCCUGUUUGGAGACAUCAUCCACUAUGGUGGCAAGAAGUUUCGGCAGAACCUCAAGACUCUGGCUUUCCAGGCUGCAGUGCCCCUGCUCUUCCAUAUGGCUGACCCCUGCCCAGAAGUGGCCAUGAAGGCCAAGCUCACUUUCCUGCGCUGUGCCAUUUUGCUAAAAUGGGAGUUUCAGAAGGAGCUGUUCAGCAAGCUCGCAUGGGGCCAAGGGCUGGGCGCUGCAAAUGACAUUUUUGUCUAUAUGAUAGAAAGCAACUUUGGUAACUACCAGCAGUUUCUCAGUCAGGCCUUGUUGUACCUGGACAGCCCCCACAAGACCCUGAAGCUGGCAGCCAUGAGGUUCAUUGGGGGACUGCUUCAGGACUACUUCAAUGACCUCUGCUUCUACUUGACAAAGGACGAUGUGGCCAUCCUAAAGAACUGUGAACCUGGAGGCCCUCAGUCAUGACACAGACUCCAGGACCCAGAAGUUCUACCUGGACUAUUGGAAUGAUGUCGUGGAGCUGUCCCACUACGUGAUGAGCUGAGCCUGCACUUGUCCUUAUUUUUGUCUUUGUUGAGUCCUAUCUUUAUUAAAUGCCACAGACGUGUGCAACAGGC